AUGGCGAAGCGCGCCACCGGGGGCGACGUGGCCGUGAUGGCCGCGGACAUGGCCGCCGCGGCUGGCUCGGUCAAUCCGGACGCUGCCGCAGCGGGAGGUCCGGGUGCCUCUCCGGCGGGUGCGCCCAUGUCGCCGAUUGAAGCCAAGCUGGCCGCCGUGACGCAGACCUUUUUGAAUGACAUGUGCAGCGGCCUGAAUCGCGAGAUGGCGCCCCAUCUGCCGCCCGAGAAGGUGAAGGAGCUCGCCAGCAUGCACCUGGCGCCGGACGCUGUCGUACACGUGGACGGCCUGCUGCACUCCGUACCGCCCGUCACGGGGCCCCAGGCAUUUUUCGAUUUCAUCACCUUGGAGCGAGCGGCUUAUCGCGCAAUGUCCCUGGACACACUGCUGGUGGCGGUGAGCCCCACGGGUGACACGGUGUUUGCGCUGUCCCGGUUCAAAAUGAAGAAUGUGGGGCCAUGGCACGGCAAGGCAGCCACCAGAAGGAUUUCGGAAGGUGUUCGCAUUGACGAGCUGCGCUUUGACGACACGGGGGGUAAAAUUAUCGAGGCCUGGUGCAAUCGACAGCUCUUCCAGGAGGAGCGGGACCUGCUGCUUAGGGAACCGGACCGCCAUCACCCAGCCGUAUUCGACCCGGCGCUGCUGGCGGCCGUUUCACCGCCCGAGGGCGGUCAUGGGGGCCUCACUGCCCCGGACCAGCUGCUGAGGGUGGCGCAGAUAUGGGCAGAGACGUGGAACAUGGCGUCUAUUGCGGGCCCUCCCGAUCCGGACAUUCUGGAUACACUGGCGGAUCACGAUUUCCACCUGAUGGAUGCGCUGGGCUUCACCGGCGACGACGCGCAGUCGCAUCCGUUCACGCGCAGCACCAUCCGAAACGACGACAGGGCAUCCCAGCAUGCCACGCGUGGGCUACUCCCCGCAAGGUUUGCCCAGCAUUCUGGGCCAUGGUGGCUGCGACAAGCGCUUGCAGCGUCGCUCAAUGUGGUCCACGACAUCCAGAAGGCAGACAUAGUUUAUGUCGAUGACUUCUGUUAUGCGGCCUGGAGCGAGGCAAAGUUACACGACCGGGGCGCUUGGGGCCCUAGCGAGGAGAUGUACGUCGACCCAGACAUCUACCUGGCUGCCGCAUUCCACUUACUACUAAAGCACCGCAGCUUCCGGGGAACCGGCGGCGCACAAUUUGUUUUCUUUCACUCCCACCCAGCGCUCUUUUUGUACCACGCCGUGCUGUGCAAUCCUGCCUUCGCCGCCGCACUACAUCUUGUCCCAGAGGCUCUUGUACGGCAGAACUGCGGCCCUUCCCGGAUGCUCGUUGUGCCGUACGCCAGUUUCCCAUUUUACCACAAUCCCACUGCGGCCGAUGUUGUUGCCGAUGCCGUGGUGGCAACGGCAGCGGGGGCAUCCAGGGUGCCGUCGUCGUCGGACCCUGUACGACCGCGCCUACUCCAUUUCCGUGGCACCUGCGGUGGCAAUUCCGACGGCAAGGCACUCCGCCGAGCGGUGGUGGAGGCGCUGCACGACGUCAGCGCCCCCGCUGACGCCACUGCCACUGAAACAGCCAACGCUAGCAUCCUGGCAUCCUGUGAGAGCUUCACCUGGGAGGAUUUGUCCCUUGUGGAACUGUCGAAAUCUCGCUACUGUCUAAUCCUGGCGGGUGAUACCGCGUCGUCAAGACGGCUUUCAGAAGCGGUGCUGAUGGGCUGUGUGCCGGUGUUCCUUGGCCCGCCCUUCGCCGCGACGCCGCUAUCCGGUGUCGUACGGUACGACGCCUUUGCGUUGGUAUUUGAGGUGCCGACGGCCUCCGCCACCUGGUUGCGACGGCAUCGCCGACAGCUGCAGCAGCAGCACCACCACCACCACCGCCAACCGCUUUUCGUUGAUGCCGUUAGUGGACAUCCGUUUGAUGAUGAUGGCGGCGGCGGCGGCGGUGGCGGCGGUGGCGGUGGCGGACGCGGCAUUGGUAUCCAACGAUUCGCAACGCGCCUGACGGCCCUGCAGGACCUCCCGGCGGCGCUGCACGCCAUCGGGCGACGACGCUACGCCGCCAUGUCGUAUAAUUUGGCUGCCGUACGACCGUUUUUCUCGUUUGUCGCUGACCCAGAUGGGGGACCGCUCGCCGGUCUGAACGACGUUUUGUAUUCCCGAAUGUGCUUCCAUGCUGCCGGGGGGCCAGAAGCGACUGCCCGUCGUGCCCAUCUACCGGGCAAGGUUUAG